UGCUCAACAUCUGAAUUCAGCUUGGGAGGGAGAUUACUUAUUGGGUGGCCUUUUUGCUUUACAUGACAUUGACCUUGUGACACCUGUUUUCACCCCGGAGACCACUGAAUGUUUCUGGCACAUUUCCUCAAAAUCUGGCUAUAAGAUGUUGCAAGUAAUGAGGUUUGCUGUAGAGGAGAUUAAUAAUUCCACCACUCUUCUGCCCAAUGUUUCUCUGGGCUAUGAAAUUUUUGACCAUUGUUCUAACACAAGGAAUUUUCAUUCAGUCUUAAGAUUUAUCUCAAAGAAUGGAUCAAUAAGACCUAAAGAAAAAUUAAACAACUAUCAGCCUAAAGUGAUUGCUUUAACAGGGCCAUAUGGAAGCACAAGAACUAUUACUAUUGCACCACUGAUCACAAUGGACCUUAUACCAAUGGUGAAUUAUGGAGCUGCUAGCUAUGCAUUAAGCAAUAAACUUCAUUAUCCUUCUUUUGUAAGAACAAUUCCUAGCAACAAAGACCUGAUAGAGAUGAUUAUUCACAUCAUACGAUGGUUUGGAUGGAACUGGGUUGCCUUUCUUGGUAGUGAAGAUGAUUACAGUUCAGAUGGACUAAAACUGUUUAACAAGUAUAUAAACAAUACUGGCAUUUGUUUGGCCUAUCAAGAGCGUCUGAGCCUAAAUGCAAACUACAGUCUAGCACUUAAAAAGAUUGAUAAGCUCAACAUCAAUGUCAUUGUAGUUUUUGCUUUGACACAAUAUGCAAGCAAAAUUAUCAAAGCAGCCAUAGCGAGCAACAUCCAAGACAAAGUAUGGAUUGCAAGUCCAGCAUGGUCUAUGAAUCAACAGAUUCCAAGGGAGCCAGGAAUUGAGAAAAUUGGCACAAUCAUUGGCAUUGCAGAGAGACUGUUGUCAUUGCCAGGAUUUGAUGAAUUCAUCUAUAAAGCCAGAGGAGCACUUGAUGCUGGUCAUAAUGAUAGAGCUGAGAGUGACAUUCAGAGUAAGAGUGAGACAUGUAAUCAGUGUUGUGAUUACUGUUCAUUGCUGACCACAGAGGACAUUAUAAAUGAGAGUCCCACACACUCCUUUGCCAUCUAUGCUGCCAUAUAUACCAUAGCUCAUGCCUUACAUAAGGUUCUGCAGUGUGACAUGAAUGGAUGCCCCAAAAAUACAAUGGCCAAGCCAUACAUGCUUCUGGAAGAGAUAAAAAAGUUGGAUUUUCCACUCAAUGGUCGUCAGGUGAAAUUCGAUGAUAAUUAUGAUCCAACUAUCAGUUAUGCAGUUGUGCUGUGGCACACUGAUGUGAAUCCUCCACAGUUUGAGAUGGUGGGAACAUAUGAUACAAAUCCAGAAAUUACCCUUACCAUCAACAACUCUCUCAUGCCCUGGCGUAACAAAUCUGUUCCUUUCUCAAACUGCUCUGUUGAGUGUAAGGCGGGAUAUUCAAGGCAGCCUGAAGGUUUUCAUAGUUGCUGUUUUACGUGUAAAAAAUGUCCACGUAACAGCUAUGUAGAUUUUUCUUGGGACCCCUAUAACUGUUUUCCAUGUGCAGAGAGUGAAUGGUCUGAUGAGGGCAGCACAACAUGUAAGACACGCUCUGUUGUCUAUCCUCAGUUCACAGAAAUCCCCUCCAUCAUUGUCAUGGUUUCUGCUGCAUGCCUAAUUAUUCUCCUUAUUGCUGUAUUUUGCCUCUUUGCCUACAAUUAUGAUACACCGGUGGUAAAGUCUGCUGGUGGCAGCAUGUGUCUCCUUAUGUUGACCGGUUUGAUUUUGUCUAGCAUAAGUGCGUUCUUUUUCUUUGGAAAACCCACAUUUGUAUUUUGCCUCCUGAGAAAUGCCAUAUUUGUAUUUUUCUUCACUGUUUGUAUUUCCUGUUUGACUGUCCGUUCCUUUCAAAUUAUUUGUGUUUUUAAAAUGGCUACUCAGUUCCCUAAAGUGCACAGCCUUUGGGUUAAACACAAUGUGGCAGGUCUGGACCAUGGAUCAAUAUCAGACCUGAACCAUAAAGCAAAGAAAGACUGUGGAGCAGUGGUGGACCUGAAUCAUAUCAGAGGCGACCCCCAUGAAGGGUCAUGUGGCUAUGGUGUAGCCAGUGGAGAUGGAAACCCCAAAGGUGGAGCUGGCACAGAGUUUGUGAACAGCCUCCGUGACCAUGACAUGGGCAAUAGAUGCAACAUGAACAGACUUUGUGGUCAUAGAGCUGUAGUGGUUGCUGCCACCUUUGGAGGUGCUGUAGCAGUUGCCGCUGCUUCAGGAGGAAUUGUAGCCAUAGACAGAGGAAUGACCUCUGAACUUGGACUUGGGAUGACCAGACUUGGAAGCACUGAGACUCCCGGGCUAAAAAGCAUUGGAUCUUUUUUCCUUGACCUUCCUGUCCCCUCACAUAGACCUCAGAUGUGGAUCCAUCACACUGGGUGCCAGUCUUGUCUGGCCCAAGAUAGAUCCAGUGUGCAUGAUGGGAGGAAACUCUGA